AUGACACUGCAUUUAGACAAAAAAAUAUUUGACUUGAAAUUAGCUGCCAAACAGAUAACAAGAAGUGCCAAAAAAUUGAAAAAACAAGAGGCCAAAGAAAUUCAUACAUGUAUGAAGCAUGUGAUGCUCGGCGAACUCGAAAUCGGUAGGGUGCACGCGGAAAAUGCAGUUCGCAACCAUAACCAGAGUUUGGAAUUACUAACGCUCGGGGCCCGUUUACAAGGAGCCCUGAAUAUCCUGCAGGCGGCUAUUGUGCAAAACACGGUUACUUCGGCCAUGCGGUCAGUCGUCACGUCGAUGGCGUCGGCCUGCGGUCAGCGCGACAUGCACUUACCGUCGCUGACGGCCACCAUGGACAGGUUCGAACGGAUGACCGACCACUUGGGGGCGCGGCAAACGUGCGCCACCCAAGCGCUCGGCGGCGUGACGGCCACGGCGGCGGGCGCAGAACAAGUCGACCUGCUCAUGGCGCGAAUCGUCGACCGGGCCGGGCUGGACGUCAGGAGCGUAAUGCCCGCGGCCUUGGCAGAGGGCUCGCCACUGCGGCAAAUCACUCCGCCGGCGCAGGAUCCGAUCCUGGGACUCGACGAACAACUGUCGAAACUCAGAAAUCACUACGGAUGA